UUCACAUACGUGUAUCAGCGCGGAAGGAUGGAGGGUGGUCGUCUGGGCGCGUUUAUCCUGGCAUUGGUGCUUCUGUGGUGCGGGUCCGAGGGGAGACCGGCAAUCGACCAGGAGCCGAUCAAGUUUACUUUGGGCACGACGGCCGGUGACAAGGCGACCGAGAAAUCGCUCAGAGACCAAGUUGGUGAGAGGGUGCAGAAUGGCAUGGAGUGGUUAAGCCGGAUGGCGGACGCUAUAAGGUUCGGCAGAGGGCGAUUAGUGAAUUCGGUCGCGAUAGCCCGAAACAGACUAGCAGAGAGAGUCGAGGAGUUGACGAGCGAGGCGAGGAACAACGUGGCCGGGGCGAUAGGCGCGGCGAACGACAUAAUCGAGCGAAGCCGAACGAACCUACGCUCGGACAGGGGACCCCUGGCCACGCUUUUGGGCCCCAAGCCGCGCGAAACGGUCAAACUGGAGAGCGAGGACGAGCAGGCCUUCUUCGAGAGGAAGAGCGCCAAUCCGCUGGGGGCGUUGCUCGAGAACGUGCUCAAGCCCAAACCGAUUGUCGACGGUAUCAAGGAGGAGGACAAGUACGGCAACCAGGGGGACAGGUUCGCCGGCGUUGGACGGGCUCUUGUCAACGGCUUCGAGGGAUUGAGCAACCUUUUCAACGCCGUCAUCGAGUUGCCGAUAAACGCUGCGAAGAAGACGUCGCGGAACAUCACCGAGGUGCUCAAUCAGCUCGGGGCACGACUGGUUGGUUUGCAGUGACAAUCAAAAAGCAGUUUGUACAUCCGUCGCAUGUAAAUAAUAGGUUAAUGAAUAUUGUUAUAUUAUACAUAAAUUGUGUAAAAAGUGUAUUUAUAUAUAUAAAAAAAAAAAAGUUCUUUAUAUUGUUUUAACAAGAGUUUCUUUUCUUUUUUCUUACAAAUUCUUUCGUUGGCGUGUCGCAAUGCAUCAAUAUAUUACAUGCAUAAUAACAAUAUAGGUACAAUUUUUAUCUUAAAAUUGUUAGUAGUAAUUAAAUAUACUUUAUUGUUGUGUCUCCUUUUGGCGCGAUUAAUUUUGACAAUGGAAAAUCCAAUCGUUUAGUAAAUUCAAGUAUGUAGGCAAUAGUGAUAAUCAACAAAAAUCAACAUCAUCUAACAACACGUUUUGUGUUUAAAUACAUCACUUAUUAACUGUAGAUACGCAGGAAGGACAAAGAUAAACCAAAGUAUAGGCAAACUAUUACAACGACGUUUUUGUAUGUAUAAUAAUUAUGUGGCUAUACGGCAAUUGACAAAGUAGGAAUUAUUGAUAUUGACAGAAAUAUCGUAUUUUUAAUAUGACAAUUGUCUUGUCGCACUACUGCAAAAAAUCACGUACGGUCAUUUGCGCAAAGAGGGCACGGGUACAUAAUAUAUAUAUAUACAUUCGUUUCACUUGGUCCAAUGCCAAAAGCAACGCCAACAACACGCCAAGUGUACACAUUUCAACACACGCUCCGCGUAGUUUUUCUCCCCAACAUCCGUAAUUAGAAAAAAUUUGCCAGCAAGUUUUGCGAAAACAAAAUUUGCCAAAUCGCCGUCUAAUUUUUGCUCGUUUUCGCAUCUCAGAUUCGUAAUUAUACAUGAAUUUUUCCGAGACGUAGUUUGCGGACGAAAAAAUCUUACUUGCACGUAAACGUGCCCUCGAACACACUCAUUCAAUAUCGCACUUUUACACCACUGCAAACGGUAAAUAUACUACGGUACAAUUUGCUUGACAAUGUUUAUCAUAAUGCGUGAAACGGCAUUUACAAAUUCAACAGUAUACAACAUUUUUAUCUACAGAGCUCAAGAUGGUCGUUGGUUUUAGAGGUCCUGUAAGAAAUCUCAACAUUGAAAAAACUUAAACCAAACAAGUGCAGGCAUUUUCAUUAUAAUAUAGUAUUUCCACAAGUGCAUGCCUUAAUAACUACAUGCAAAUUCGUUCAUGCAUUGCGAAAAUAGUAUUUCUCUCCUGUUUUAUGUGGAUCUACCAUGAACGUGUCCAUUGUAUCGUGAACUGUUGUAUUGUUGUAAACUGAUUGUAUACGUGGGUGAAACAUUUGUUCUGUUCAUUUAUACGCGAUAGCAGUUGUUUCUUUCAUUCGUUUUUCUCAAUGUCACGCUUUCAUUAGUUAACGCUAUUUCAACGCAAAUAGAUAAUUGCGCGGUGUCGAAGAUUUAUUGCAUCUGCUUCGUGGUUCCGUGGAGUAUUAUGUUCAAAUGAUAUUUGAUAAAUGAAAUUUCAUAGUUUGAUAAACCUCGUGUUUCGUGCAUGCGUUUAUCAUUAAAUUUGAAAUUUUUGGCACACUGGAACUAUAGACUCUGAAAUGAUAUUCUCGUGUCCUUUAACUAACGUAUGAAAAAUGGAUAAAUAACUAUAUCAUUGUGUUAUUACGUUGCGCUUAAAAAUGUUAGUAAAAUAUUUGAAUCUAUUUUUUUUUUUAUCUCUUUUCCAAAAUUCGAUGUAGCAACAUCUCAUCAUUUUUUCUCGCACGUAUAGUUAAUCACCUGCUACAUACUAUCAUCUCGACGUUUUAUAUAUCAUGCAAAGCAGUUAUAUCACUACUUCAAUCUAACAGCUAUGACGUUAAACAUUACUUGCU